AUGAGAGAUAUGGUGAGAUCGUCUUCGAAACUUGAACAAUCUGGGUUGGUGGGGGUUGCGACAUGUUAUGAUGUUGCGGGCAAGUGGCGCGCCACACGAGCCGCCAGUUUUGCGACGUUACCACCCGGACAUGGCCCCGCGCUGCAGUUGCAGCCUCCGCCACAGCAGCAGCAGCCGCAUCAGUACGCGUAUGUGCCGCCUGAGUUCAUGGAACUGGGAUUGACGGGCGGAAGUGCGAAUGAUGGGUCGAGGACGGGCAAUGGCUGGGCGAGUUUCGUGCAUGGGACUGGGCUUUUGGAUGGGGGUGGGAUUUAG